UUGACAUAAGAAUAUUUUAUGUUUUGUACUUUUGUAUUGUAGCAAUUAAUUUAGUUAUUAGUUUAAUAUGUGUUUACUAUGAAUUUGUUUAAGAUUGUAUUUCAUAUUAAAAUGGCAAUUUAUACAACAUUUUAAUCGUGGACUUGUAAUAGGAAGCAAAUAUGUCUUGUAAAAAGGGUGGCAAAACUAAAAAGCAUUUACUCUUAGCUAAGUUAGCCGCUGAUGAUAUUGGUUCUUGUUCAUUUUGUAAUCGUAAUAUUGACGAUGAAACUAUUUACGGCAAAUUGUAUGUAAUCGGUGAUAUUUACUGCCAUUAUUUCUGUGUCUUGUUAUCUUGCUGUUUGAUACAAAAAGGUAAAGACAAUGAAGGUUUAUUUGGCUUCUUAUAUCCUGAUAUUGCAGCUGAAAUAGAGAGAAGUAAAAAACAUAAAUGUUCGUAUUGUGGUAAAGAGGGUGCUACAUUAGGGUGCUCCGUGACACAAUGCAGGAAACAAUUUCAUUUACCUUGUGGAAGGGAAAAGGACGCUGUUUCACUGUUUUAUGGUAAUUAUAAAUCUUUUUGUCAAUUGCAUGCACCAAGACAGAAAAUCAAUAGCGAAAUAAUGACCAAAGUCAGAGAAAGGACAUUAGGACAGAGAAAGUCUAAAGUGAAAGAGACAGCUAUAGUUGAGGAAAAUACGGAAAUAAAUCAUGUAAAUGAUACACAAGUAUGUGUAAUAUGCUAUGAGGCAGUUGAUGCGGGACCCUCUGUUAAUACUUUCUGGCCACCCUGUUGUGCGAGGGAUGCAUGGUUUCAUAGGAAUUGUUUACAGCGUAUGGCUUUGAGUGCUGGCAUCCAUUAUUUGAAAUGUCCUCUUUGUAAUGACAAAGAAAUAUUCCUACAGUCGGUUAUUACACAAGGAUAUUACGUUCCCGAUAGGGACGCGUCAUGGGAGUUAGAGGUCGGCGCUUUCUCAGAGAUGUAUGACAGAGUAAUCAGCUGCAACGCGGCGCAGUGCCGCUGCCCGCAGGGUAGGGGACAUGAUUCUGAUAAUAAUGGAUCGUGGGAGAUAAAGUUGUGCAUAUUAUGCGGGAGUAGUGGCAUGCAUGAGAUAUGCAUGCGAACUGAUGCAUGCAAUAACUGCGACGACAAUUGCAGUAAUUGUAUUAGUAACAAGAAUAGUAGAUAUAUUUGUACAAUUUGCGCACCCGCAGCUCCUGAAGAUAUCGAAUUAUUAGCUAAAACUAUUGAAACAGUUGUAGUGGGGGAGGUAACUCACCCCCCAGCGGUCAGACGCGGCCCCGCGAUGCCAUGUCGCAUGUCCUUGCGACGAACUAAAGGAAUAUAUAAUAGGCCGUCUAGUUCUAAUACGUUUAAUUUGAAACGCAUUGAUACAAAUAAUGAAGAUGAUAAAGAUGGUGCUGAUAAAAUCAAUUUGGCUCGUAUGGAAUUAAAUUUAAAACCACCUAAAAGACCGUAUUCUUUUAUUAAACCUGAUUUAUUGAAUAAUAUCGAUAAAACACUAAUAUCGCCUUUAAAAUUAUUAGAAAACGGUUUGUAUGAAAAAAUCACUGAAAUUGAACAUUUUGAAUUGGAUUCCAAAAUAAUUGAUUUGAUGUAUGAAAAAUUUAGAAAACCAAAACCAUUGAUUGUGAAGAAGAAAAUUAUCAAUGACUUAGUUGAGAAUGUUCUAGAAGAUUUGAAGAAAGAUAAAAUCAAAUCAACAGAAUGUGAAAAAUUAAUAUCUCCAAAGAAAAACAUAGAAAUAGAUAUACAGAAAGAAGAGAAAGAAGAUUCAUUAACAGUAGAUUUUAAAGGAUUUGAUAUAAAUGAAGCUAACACAGUGAAUUUUGAACGAAAUAUGCAAAUAAUUGAAAAUUUAGAAAAAGAAGAUUCAGAUAUCAAAGAUGUUGAAGUAUUUUUAACACCAAAAAAAUUAAAACCGGUUCAUAUACAAAAAAACUCAACAAUGGAAAUAUCAGAAAACAAUCAAACAGUAAAAAUAGAUGUUAAAAACGACGAAAAUCCAAUAGAGAAUAUUAAAAAAGUGGAAAAAAAUAUAAAAGAACAAUGCGCUUUUAAAUUUAAUCCGAAUAAAGAAGAAUUACAAACGGAAAUGCAAAAUAUUGAUAUCGAAAGUUUUAAAAAUCAUUAUUUAAAUGAAGUGGGAAAAGUUAGAAAACGAAUCGAUAAUAUAAAAGAAAUCAAAACGGCCAUGAAAAGGAAAUUACCAAGAAAAGAAACUAUUACUAAAAAAAAACGAAAAAUCAACAAAGAAAUUGAUUUAGAUAGUUCUAUCAAACGGAAAAAGAUGAAAAAAAGGAAAAAAUUGUCUAUUAAAAAUAAAGAUAUAAAAAUCAAGAUUAAAUUCAAACACGAACGUUUGAAAUUAAGAAUAACAGAAUCUUCUAGAAAGAAGAAAAUACAGAAAAUGAAGAAAUUAAAACAGUACGUAUUAAAAUUCUCGCCGGAAAAAUCUCGACAGAUUUUAGAAAAACCUAAAGAAAAAAUUCCAAUAAAAAAGAGAAAUAUAAAAACAGAAAAAACCCCUGACAAAUUAAUUCAAACAUCUUUAUAUGAUUUCUUUAAAAAAAAUGAUAAAAAAGCUGCAUAAUAUUUUUCAAGUAAACACCUAAAGUAAAUAGUAUUCGCUAUUUUGGCGAAUACCACUGACUUCUAAAAGGCAGGCUAAAAAUUAUUAUAUUUUGUGUCUACAAAAGUCUGUCUCUAGUAGUCUCUAUGUAGUCUCUCAGGCGAGGAAAUUAGACAAUUUUCGCCAUUUUGUCGCUAGUUGCGUUUGGUAUACUGACCUAUAUAAAUGGAUAGGCUAAGACUUUAUUAUCAUCAAAAAAUUUAAGUUGGGUCAAAAAACUUUUCACACCCAAACAAUAGCCUAUCUAUUUAUACAGAUCAGCGAUCGUAACUCAUUUGUCCCAUGAAAAAGAGUCAAAUUCCCUUAUGUAAUCUCAUUUGAGUUAUUUUUGGAAAAAAUGUGUAAAUAGAAGUGAAGUGACAUAAGUGUAUGAAAUGAAGUAUUUUUUUUUGUUAUUUUUACAUAUAACUCGACGUGUAUCCUUUUGUAUAUUUUAUGUUAGGUUUUGAAUGAGUAGUUUUAUUUCUUUUAUGCAUGUUCGUGUUUAUAUAUUAGGUUUAUUUACUAUUUUUAGACUAGUUAUUUAAUUGAUACUGUCGCUUUAAACUCAGAGCAACACUUCUCGUCAGGACUC